AUGUCACUGGUGGCGGCGCGGUGCGGGUCGAACGCAUUGGAGUCGCCCUCGACGAUUCGAGCGCGCAGCACCCCGGGCCGAAGUCUGCAGUCCGCUUGUGCGGCGCCGCCGUCGCCGUCCUCUGCGUGGGUGCCAAACGGUGACGCACAGCAGCAGCAGCAGCAGCAAGAACCGUCGCUGCCGAACUCGUUAACGAAGCGCCCCACCCCACGCAACGCGGCACGUGACGGCGUCGCGAAUACCAGCACGGCCACACGUGUUCCGCCCAUGCAGGACUUGUCCCUCCUGUCGCGGCGGACGCAAACCCCACGAGCUCCGCGGCGCACAACCUCCGUGAGACGGCAACAACAACAGCAGCAACAAACCCCACGGUCUGCCCGCACUCCGCGUGCUGGCUCCGCUUCCGUCGGAGCGCCUAUGCUGGUCAUCACGCCCGGCGGCCGCCGUCGGCUUGUGCAGCCGGAGAGGCUCUGA